AUGAAAACAUCAUAUUUCUGCAUUUUAUUUAUUGGUGUAUUGGCCCUCUUGGUCGAGUCACUUCCUGUGUCCCAACCGAAUCACGUCUCCCUGGUUAAGCGUUCUCUUCCGUCUAAUCUCAAAUGGACUGAAGUACGCGAAAUACACAAGAAGCGUCAUUUGAUCAAAUUUGAGGGGAUGAUUACGGGUCUGUUUAAUAAAGGAAUGGUUAAUGUGACAACUAUGAAUGCGCUAAAUGAAGCCAAAUGUGGACGCACAGAAAAAUUGCAAAAUGAAGGAAAUGUGGACAUUGGCUAUUUUGGUCCUAUUAAGAUUGGCGGCCAAACUUUUCAGGUGAUAUUUGACACCGGUUCUUCUGACCUUUGGGUUCCAUCAAAAAACUGUUCAUCUCCAGCAUGUACCGCCCAUAAGGCUUUCAUAGAGUCAGAAUCAAAAACUUUUGUUGACCUCAAUACGACUACCGGAAUCACUUAUGGCGCUGGUCAAGUUAAUCUUACCAGUGGUCGAGACACCGUUGAAAUUGCUGGGAUAACAGCUUGCCAUCAAACAUUUGGGCGUACUUUUAUAGAGUCCGAUGAUUUCCUUAAAGUUGAAUUCGACGGUAUCUUUGGGAUGGCUUUUGAUAGCCUAAGUGCACAAAAUGCCUCGACCCCCUUCUCCACCAUGGUUCGACAAAAGAAAGUGACUAAUUCGUUCUUCGGUUUCCAUCUCUCUCGUGCACGGGAUGCUGGAGAUGUCGGCACUUUAACAAUAGGCGGAGUCGACAAAAGUAAAUUUACUGGAUCUAUCAACUUUAACAACGUAGUCGGUGACACUGGAUUUUGGUUGAUCAAAUUAGAUUCCGCUUCUGUCGAUGGUGAUUCAGCUGUGACAAAACGACCCGCCAUUAUUGACACUGGCACCACUCUCGUACUCGUCCCAACGGAAGAUGCAAUUUUUAUUCACUCGAAAAUUCCUGGCUCGCAAGUAAUCCAGGGUGAAUUUGCAAUACCAUGCAAUACUACUUCCAAAGUUUCCUUCGCAUUUGGUGGUGUGUCUUAUAAAAUUGAUCCCAGAGACUUGAAGGUAACAACCAUUCCAAACGCUCCAGGAAUGUGUCUUUCAGGAAUUGGUGCAAGCGAUGCACUCGGUGGUGCAUGGUUGGUGGGCGAUGUUUUCCUAAAGAACGUCUACUCGGUAUUUGAUAUUGAAAAGAAAGCUGUGGGAUUCGCUCCUAGUGUCCGCUCUAAAUGUUCUACUUAA